UCAUUCGAUUCCAAUCGCAAUUUAUUUACCUCGUUUAACCGAACGAAUCAACGAACCAGUCUAGCGGCAUAUCUAAGUAAGCGUGCUCGUGUGUUCAAUUAUUAAACAUGGUUAAAAUACACAAUUUCGGGGCUGGGCCAGCCAAGUUGCCAGAGGAAGUGUAUGAAAUAUUAAAACAAGAAUUGACCAACUUUGAAGGGACAGGGAUCAGUUUAUUGGAGACGAGUCAUCGUACGCCUGCUUACGCUAAAUUAAAUAAGGAUGUACAAGAUGUUGUGAGAAAGUUGUUAAAUGUCCCGAACAACUACAAAAUACUAUUUCUAUCUGGCGGCGGUCAGGGACAAUUUGCUGCGGUGCCACUAAAUUUAAUAUCACGUACUGGUUCAGCCGACUAUGUAGUGACUGGUGCCUGGUCAGCAAAAGCCGCAAAGGAAGCGAAGAAGUACGGUAAGGUUAAUCUGGUAUUACCACCUACUGACCGCUACGUGGAAAUCCCAGAUCAGUCAACUUGGAAACUCGACCCCAACGCUUCCUACGUCCAUAUUUGCACCAAUGAGACGAUUCACGGAAUAGAAUUUGAUUUUAUCCCGGACACUAAAGGUGUGCCUCUGGUUGCUGAUAUGUCUUCCAAUUUUAUGUCCAAGAAAAUUGAUGUUUCUAAAUUUGGAGUCAUUUACGGCGGUGCUCAAAAGAACAUAGGUACUUCUGGUGUUGCUCUGGUUAUAGUGAGGGAAGAUCUCUUAAACCAAGCGCUUCCCAUUUGCCCUUCAAUAUUGGAUUGGACCAUCAAUGCGAAAGCGGAUUCCAUUCUUAACACACCGCCGAUGUUUGCUAUCCAGGUGAUGGGACGAGUGCUCCAAUGGAUCGACAGGCAGGGUGGUCUUGAUGUGAUGGCUGAACUAGCGACCAAGAAGUCUUCACUCAUAUAUGACGUCAUUGAAAAUUCAAACAGUUUUUACAACGCACCAGUCGCCAAGAAAGAUAGAAGUAAAAUGAACAUUCCGUUUAGAAUUGGAUCUCUGAACGGUGAUGAUGUUUUGGAGAAGGAGUUCUUAAAGGGAGCUGAGGCUUUAGGUCUCAUACAAUUAAAGGGACAUAGGGAUGUCGGUGGAAUUCGUGCUUCAACUUACAACGCGGUGACAGUGGAGGAAGUUCAGAGUCUUGUUAGUUACAUGAUAGAUUUUUACAAAAAACAUGCCAAGUGAAAUACAUUCCUAUAUACCUAAGUUUAUAGAUAGAUAGAUUUACAUAUACAAGUAUAUAUAUUUUUGUUUUUGUUUUGACGUUUUCUCUCAUAAUGUCAAUUGUAAUAACGUUAGAGGAAUUAUAAUUUUACCUUAUAUUGGCUGUGCAAGGCAUGUCCUUGUUUGUGAUUUUAGAAUAAUGAUUAUUAUUUAUUCGUGGUAAUCUUCGCAAAUGAACUUCUUGAAACUACUGACCCGCCCACAGAGGCAAAGAAAAAGAUUAAAACAGGAAUGAAGUUGCAGGGUGUGGUCGGUAAAAUAAAAAAUUACUGGAUCAUUAAACGACAUGAGAGCAAAUAAGAUGUUAAAUAUUUGUCAAGUAUUCAAAAAUAAAACUAUAUGAUUUAAA